AUGGAUGCAAGAGGUCCUCAAGUAAUGUUUGGUGUUGGUGCAUGGGAACAAAUAGUCGACAGGUUUUUGUAUUGUGCAAACUCUUCAAAGGAAACAGGUGGAAGUAAAACGAUUUCAGGUGAAAAUUUACCUGCACACAGUCACUACAUAGAUUUAAGUACAUCUCAAGCAGGUUGGCAUAAGCAUAGAUAUUGGGAUUGGUCAGGAAUGACAAAAGGUAAAGGAUAUGAUGUUAUUGGAAGAGAUAAAGAUGGAAACCCAAUAUUUGAUCCAAAGUUAAAAUUAAAGUUACUGACAAGACAACAACUUGAAAAGUUACUGAAACCAAAACAGGAAAAAAAAUGA